ACAGUUUCACUUUCACUCUCCUCUCAAAUCUUUCUUCCUGCUCCAUCAUCUCACUCCUCUUACAUUUUCGUUACUUACUCAUAUUAGGGAAAAAUAAAAUGUUUUUGUAGUUGUUACGUUAGAGGAAGUCACCAAACCAAAUCCACCAAAACACAUUCCCUUCUAUUAAUGUGUCAUUAGGAAGAAAGAAACAAAAACAUAUCUUCUAGUUUAGUAAUGACAGAGAUCGAUUUAGAACAAGGACCGGCGUACGGAUAUCACCGGCGAAGUGACGUCAGCGUAUACUAUACAGACGGAGAAGGAGAAGAAGAUGUGACGUCAUGCUACUCUUACUUCUAUUCGACGACGACGGGAGGAGGCUUGUACGAAUACGAAGGAGGAGAGUCGAGGAAAGUGUCGUCGGUGAUGAGUAGUAGCUCAUCAUCGGAGAUAGAUGUUAAUGAAGCGACGGCGCCGCCGGAGAAAGACUGUAGGAUAUGUCACUUGGGGGUGGUGGAAACGAGCGGUGGAGGUGCGAUGGAGUUAGGGUGUUCGUGUAAAGAUGAUUUGGCUGUUGCUCAUAGACAAUGUGCUGAAACUUGGUUCAAGAUCAAAGGCGACAAAAUCUGCGAGAUAUGCCAAUCGGUAGCCAGAAACGUGGGCGGUGCAAACGAGAUGGUAAUGGUAACGGUGGUGGACGAGAGAGAGUUAAGAAACGGCGAGGAAACGGUGGCCUUGGGAGCGAUAGAGAAUAGGUGGCAGCCACAGAGAAUGGUGAAUAUAGUGUUAGCUUGUAUGGUCUUUGGCUUCUUUAUUUCAUGGCUCUUCCAUUUCCAUGUUUCAUCUUCUUCAUGAAACCUCUCUAUACAAUAUUAUAUGCUCUUUGUAGGAGGCAAACAACAAAUUUUAUUAUAUAUCAAUUGAGUUUUUGAUU